AGUCACAUACUACACCAUUCUCUCUCUCUCUCUUCCCCAAAUAAUCAUUUGGGAAUUAUAUGAUGAAGGCUAGCUGUGUUUAUGGGGCUUUUCUUUUCCUUCUACUUGCAAUAACUGAUGCCGUGGAGAGUACAAGGGCUUAUAAUAUCGAAGAAGAUUUAUCUCGACCAACUGCAGACAGUAUUGAGGGGACAAGGUGGGCGGUUCUCGUUGCAGGAUCAAAUGGUUACAAUAACUACCGGCACCAGGCGGAUGUUUGUCAUGCAUAUCAAAUAUUGAAGCAAGGUGGCUUGAAAGAUGAGAAUAUCAUUGUUUUCAUGUACGAUGAUAUAGCAUAUAACGAAGAUAAUCCAACUCCUGGUUUCGUCGUCAACAAACCAUAUGGUCCGAACGUAUACCAUGGAGUACCCAAGGACUACACAGGAAACGACACCAAUGUAAAUAACUUGUAUGCCGUCCUCCUGGGCAACAAGAGUGCACUCACUGGGGGUUCUGGCAAGGUGUUGAGUAGCGGCCCUAACGACCACGUUUUCUUUUACUAUACUGACCAUGGUGGUCCGGGCAUUCUUGCAAUGCCGGUUGGGGAUCUCGUGUACGCGAAAGACCUGAUAGAGGUGCUGAAGAAGAAGCACGAGAUGAAAGGGUACAAAAGGAUGGCGAUCUAUAUAGAAGCAUGCGAGUCCGGGAGCAUGGUCAGUGGGUUGCUCCCUGGUAAUGUGAAUGUGUACUCCACCACCGCAUCAAAGCCUGAUGAGAAUAGCUGGGGCUGUUAUUGCCCUGGGGACGAUGACGAUGACCGGUCUCAAUCUGCAGGCAAAACCAAUAAUUCCACAGCAACCCCAGGCUCCCCUGACUUUUACGGCACUUGCUUGGGUGACUUGUACAGUGUCGCUUGGCUCGAGGACAGUGACGUGCACGACCCACGCAAGGAGACUAUGAGGCAACAGUAUAAGAGGGUUAAGAAGAGGACAAAUGCAUCGCAUGUCAUGCAAUACGGCGAUAUGAGUCUCAACAAUGUAUUUCGGUCACUUUUCAUGGGUCCAAACUAUCCAGAUAAUAAUCUCAGUGCGUCCACUCGCCCAAAACCCUUCUCUUCUUCAUCAGGAGGAAUGGUCAUCAGCCAAAGAGACGCCAAGCUCGCUUACCUCAGGAACAAGGUCCAGAUAGCGCCGGACGGCUCUCUCGAGCAGUUGGAAGCACAAAUGAGGUUGCGGGAUGAAUUGCUCCACAGGGAGCAAGUGGAUCGCAAGAUAGGCAAGAUUGCAAAGCUAUUGCUCGGUGAAAAGGAUGGGUUAGUAGCUGUGCCAAACACCGUCCUACCGGAAGGGCAGCCUCUCGUCAAUGAUUGGGAGUGCUUCAAGACAAUGUUGAGGACCUACGAAGAACAUUGCGGAGCGUUGACUCAUUACGGGAGGAAGUACACUCGAGUGAUGGCCAACAUGUGCAAUGCUGGUGUAAACAAAGAACAAUUAAUAUGGGCCUCGACUGAAGCUUGUUCCUAGCUAGCUAUCUUGCUAGCUCUAAUUAAAUGAAGACAUGAAUGGAUCUUCAAUAAAUAAAUAAAAGAAGAAGAAGAAGAAGAAGUUUUAAUUCAAUUAUGGUGUCGUUGAAAUUAUGGCCGGCAACAUAUACAAAUGUAUGGCUGAAUUUUAUACCCAUAGUUUAUCAAUCAUAUCAAAUACACUUAUUCUCCACU